CAAAAUUGUCUCAUUAUUAUUUUGUUCAGAAAAAAUAUUUGAAAGAAAAAGCCCUCCUUUCCCAUCACCCUUCUAAUUGCUUGUUCCCGAAAUUGAAAUUUGAAAAGUUGAAAAGGAAAGCAGUCUCUUGUGCGCUCUCGUCUUCAGGAAGUUUUAUGUAAAUUCCUUUGAAAAAAAUGUCACUUCUCAGUAGAUUCUUUUACAAAAGACCUCCCGAUGGAUUGCUUGAAUUUGUUGACAGAGUUUAUGUUUUUGAUUCAUGCUUCUCCACUGAAGUACUGCCUGAUGAGUUGUACCAAAUAUAUCUCCAUGAAAUUGUCGCCGAGUUACAUGAGGAAUUUCCCGACUCAUCCUUUCUUGCUUUUAAUUUUCGCGAGGGUGAGAAAAGGAGUCAAUUUGCUGAAAUUUUAUGUCAAUAUGAUGUCACUGUAAUGGAUUAUCCGCGGCAAUAUGAGGGUUGCCCUCUUCUCCCUUUGUCUUUGAUUCAGCAUUUUCUCCGUGUUUGUGAGACUUGGCUCUCACUCGGGAAUCAUCAGAAUAUUAUCCUUAUCCAUUGUGAGAGAGGGGGUUGGCCCAUUUUGGCUUUCCUAUUAGCUAGUUUCUUGAUUUUUAGUAAGUUGCACAGUGGUGAAAGAAGAACUCUUGAGCUUGUGCAUCGAGAGGCUCCUAAAGGCUUCUUGCAGCUGUUGUCACCUCUCAAUCCUUUCCCAUCUCAGCUUCGUUACUUGCAGUAUGUAGCCAGAAGAAAUAUAGCACCUGAAUGGCCUCCUCCCGAACGAGCACUUUCUUUAGAUUGUAUUAUUCUUCGUGCCAUUCCAAGCUUCGACUCUGAAAAAGGGUGCAGGCCAAUUAUCCGUAUUUUUGGUAGAAAUCUCCACACAAAGAGUGGGCUUUCGACCCAGAUGCUAUUCUCUAUGUCCAAGAGGAAGAAGACUACCCUUCGGCAUUAUUGUCAGGCUGAUUGUGAUGUGAUUAAGAUUGAUAUUCAGUGUUUGGUGCAAGGAGAUGUUGUAUUGGAGUGUGUGCAUCUGGACUUGGAUCCUGAAAGGGAGGUUAUGAUGUUUCGUGUAAUGUUUAAUACUGCGUUUAUUAGAUCCAACAUAUUGAUGCUAAACUCUGAGAACUUGGACAUUCUUUGGGAUUCAAAAGAACGGUACCCGAAAGGCUUUCGUGCCGAGGUUUUGUUUGGGGAUGCGGAGAGUAUAUCCCCACCUAAAGCUCCAACAACAAUUUUAAAUGGCGAGGAGAAAGGUGGACUGCCAAUUGAAGCAUUUUCUAGGGUUCAAGAACUUUUCAGUGGGGUUGAGUGGGUUGAUAACAAUGAAGAUGCUGCGUUAUGGUUACUUAAGCAACUUUCUGUCUUAACUGAUGCUAGAGAAUUUUCAAGAUUGCAAAAUAAAAGCAGUUCAUAUACAUCACCUAUUGACUCUGAAGAAGAAUAUAAUGCGUCUAGCACUGCCGAUAGUUCAGAUGAAGCUUUUGAUCUUAAUCCCAAGAAUUCUGCUGAUUCAGUUCUCUUACCUAUUGAAAGUGGUGGUCUUCCUGAUUCAGGUAAUGCCUUGGAAUCUCCUGCUCAAUUUUCAUUAGAAACUGUUCCAUCAUCCCUUCAUCAGCAACCAUCAGUUCCAAGUGAAGCAACAUCGCCUUUUUCUUCCCCUCCCAGUUUGCUUCAGCCAUUUGUUACCCAACCACCCCCACCCCCACCUCCACCACCUCCAAUUUCUAGUCAAAGUCCUUUAUCAACACAACCUCCACCAUUCCCACCGCUGCCGCCAUGUCUUGGUUCUUCCCCUAACAUCAGUAAGCCUCCUCCUCCACCUCCACCGCCUCCUCUUCCCAGUGUUUCCAACAAAGAUUCUACAGCACUCACAGCACUCACUGCUAAGAGAGUACCUCAGCCACCUCCACCUCCUAACUUCAAUAAAUCUGUCUCCUCAUCACCUCCACCUCCACCUCCGCCUCCGCCUCCGCCUCCGCCUCCGCCUCCGCCUCCACUACCUCCUCCUAAUUUGUGUAGUAAAGAUAUUUAUAUGCCACCUCCUGCUACUAGCAAGGGUCCACCAUUGCCUCCACCACCACCACCACCACCACCACCUUUUAGUUCUUCUCGCACCCCCCCACCACCUCCACCUUUUUCUUCUACAUCUAGGCAAUCAUCUCUGUCCCCAUCUCCGCCGCCACCUCCCCCACCGCCUCCGCUGCCACCACGUCAGCCAUCUUCUGCUAAUUCUCUUACUGAACCGCCUCCUCCACCUCCUCUACCUCCUUCGGGUCGUAACCUUAGUAAUGCCCCUAGGCCACCUGCUCCUCCUCCUCCCCCUCCCCCUCCCCCUCCGUCAUCGGGACCUUUGCCCUCUACUUCAAUCCCACCACCUCCACCACCAGCACCUAUUCAUCCUGCUCCUCCUCCCCCACCACCAGUACCCAAUCGUCUUGCUGUUCCUCCACCACCUGGACGUGGCACUUCACCGAGUCCACCGCCGCCACCUCCUCCUGGAGGGAAGGGCCCUAAUGCGCCACCACCCCCACCUCCAUCCAUUGGAAAGGGAAAACCUUCUUCAGGGCCAAUUGGUCAUGGAAGAGGUCGGACUACUGUUGGGACUAAUGCUCCUAAAAAGACUUCGUUAAAGCCCUUGCAUUGGGUAAAAGUUACACGAGCAAUGCAAGGCAGUUUGUGGGCAGAUUCACAGAAGCAGGAAAAUCAGUCAAGGGCCCCUGAAAUUGAUAUAUCAGAACUCGAAAGCUUGUUCUCGGCUGCUUCUGCUUCUGAUGGGAGUGGCAGUAAUAAAGCUGGAGGUCGACGUGGUUCUAACAUUAACAAACCUGAGAAAGUGCAGUUGGUUGAUCUGCGUAGAGCAUAUAAUUGUGAAAUAAUGCUCACAAAAAUAAAAGUACCUUUGCCAGAAAUGAUUAAUGCAGUUCUAGCUUUGGAUUCUUCAGCUUUAGACAUUGAUCAGGUUGAGAAUCUCAUCAAAUUCUGUCCCACUAAGGAAGAAAUGGAGACAUUGAAGAAUUAUACAGGUGACAAGGAAAUGUUGGGGAAGUGUGAACAGUUUUUUCUGGAGCUGAUGAAAGUUCCGCGAGUAGAAGCUAAGCUUCGAGUGUUUGCCUUUAGAAUAACAUUUUCUAGUCAGGUGGAUGAUCUAAGAUGUAACCUCAAAACUAUUAAUGAUGCUACUAGAGAGGUAAAAGAAUCAGUAAAAUUGCGUCAGAUAAUGCAAACAAUUCUGACUUUAGGAAAUGCUUUGAAUCAAGGCACAGCCAGAGGAUCUGCUGUUGGUUUUAAAUUAGACAGUCUUCUUAAGUUAUCCGACACUCGUGCAAGAAACAACAAAAUGACUUUAAUGCAUUAUCUAUGCAAGCUUCUUGCUGAGAAAAUGCCAGAGUUGCUAGAUUUUGAUAAGGAUCUUGUUCAUAUAGAAGCUGCCUCAAAGAUUCAAUUGAAAACCUUGGCUGAAGAAAUGCAAGCUGUGAGUAAAGGUCUUGAAAAGGUCGAGCAAGAGCUUGCUGCUUCAGCAAAUGAUGGCGCUAUCUCUACAGGCUUCCAGAGGGUGUUGAAGAACUUCCUUGAUACUGCUGAAGCUGAAGUUAGGUCACUUAUAUCCUUGUAUGCUGAAGUGGGAAGAAAUGCAGAUUCAUUGUCUCAAUAUUUUGGAGAGGAUCCAGCUCGUUGCCCCUUUGAGCAAGUGACACAGAUCUUGGUCCUUUUUGUGAAGAUGUUCAAGAAGGCGCGAGAUGAGAAUGAAAGGCAGGCUGAAGCUGAAAAGAAGAAAUUGGAAAAGGAAGCUUUGAAGGAACGAGCAGCUGCUAAUUUACCUGUGAAGAAAGAUGGUAUUGACAAUGAUAGGUCAAGACCUGGUUCUCAAAUUCAGAAACACCCUUUGUAACCUGCCUUCAUGACCGUAACUUGAGAUCUACUAAUGGUAGAACUGGAAAUUCGUGCUAAACACAGCUUGCUUGACAUAAUUGGACCACAGGUUCCAUGUUGAAUCUGAUAGAAAGCUGCAAGCCAGUGUUAAGGUAUCUUGCACAGAACCAUCAAUUUCUCUGCAACUUGGUUAUACCUUUUUGUUACGGAUGAUGACUUGCAAAUUGCUAGUGAUGCAUUAGAAGUUGUAUAGCCUGCAGAAGACGCAUUAAUCAAACACUGUAGAUAAGAGUACGAGUGGACCCCAAAUCUGAAUAGGCUCCUUAUAUCAACUUCUGUGGCAGAGGCAAGUUUCAAUGGAAACUUAAUAUAUAUAUACUGAGACCUAAUGCUAAACACGCCCAAUCCAACUAAAGGUUCAAGCUGCUUGGUGGGAGGGCCAGAUACUAUGCAAGUGCUGUUGUAUAUUUUCAAUAUAAUUACUUUUUUUCUCUUGGCAAUCUGCAGGCAUCCAGUUCUAAUAACUGAGUAAUGUAGGAACCAAUGCAUAUCCUUUCUAUUAAGUAUUCAGCCAGAUUGUACUUCAUGAGAUAUUAUUAUACAGCAUUGACUAGUGGCAUGUCCCUCGAAGACCUUAAUUCCUGAACUCUGUUCCUCUCUCUAGGAGUAUAGAAAAAGAUGUAUAUACUAUAUAGUUUAUGAUGAACAGGGUAGCCUCCUGAUGGGUAAAUUGCAGGAGUAUGUGCAUUAAGGUCUUAAAACCGGGGGGAUUCAAAAGAAACUUCCAGUUUUAUUUUAUUUUGUUUAUUUUUUGUAGAACUCCAUUUGAACUAAGAAGUAGCCUCUUAAGAUUUGACAGAUUCGACCGUUCA